AUGAAAGUAAUUAAAAUUUUUGUUCUUUCAUUUGUAUUUUUGUUAUACAAAAAUAGCACUAUUGUACAUUGUGGUGGCUAUGGUGAUAUAGCCGCAACAAGUGCUUUACAAACUGUUAUUAAGGAACCUAUUACUUUAACAAUAAAGGAUUUAUAUGAGCAUGGUGUAAAGAGUCCAAUAACAAAACUUGUGCAUAAAAUCAAAAAGUUCCUCCGUUAUAGAAAAGUUUUGAGAUGGUCUCGUAUAUGGUGGAUAUUAUUAGUUAGAGAAAUUGUAGGAGAUAAUAAUAUUGAAAAAAGAACUGAGAAAGAAUUAAGAGAGAUAUGGGAUCAAUGUACUAUAGCUGUAUUUAACAAUACUUUAAAUACAAUAGAUACUAAACCAUUAUUGUUUUUACAUGGUAUUUUAAAUGAAUGUAAAGAAAAUUUCUCAACAAAAUUAAGACAAGAUCCAAGUUUAAUUGUAGUAAAAAUGAAUCAAAUAAUAAAAUCUGAAAUAUAUAGAUUUUGGGUUUCAGAAAAUUAUUUGAAAAUAGCAAGAUCAGGAAUAUUCUACAAGUCUAUCACACCAAGUAUAGUUCCACCUCUUCCUAAAGAACAUACCUUAAGAUAUUUGUCUUCAUAUAUGGUAGAUAAAUUAAAAGCCUUAGAAUCUAAAAAGAAUAUAGAAUCAGGAAAAUAUGAAAUAGACAUAAGCUCUGAUGAAAAAACUAAAAAAGGUGAAGGUGAUGUAGAUGAAACUACUGAAGAUAAUUUAUAUGAGCAGUUAAUAAAAGAAGAAAAUAUUGAUGAAUUAGCUAAAGAAGUUAUUUUGGGUGAAGACACUGAUGAUAAUGAAAGUGCUGAUAAUGAAGUUACUGAUUAUAAUGGAGAUGAUAAUAAUGAAAGUACUGAUAAUGAAGGUGAAGAUACUGAAGACAAUUAA